UGUCCCUUGACUUACUGACUUUCCAGCUAGUAACUACCUCUUCUUGGACAAACGACCCUAUUAAAUCUUCGGGUUCUCUCUUUAAUUCAAUCACUAAUCAAAGGAUGGAAGGUAGUAUUGCUAAGGAGCUUUACUCAGAAAGUCUGCAACUUUCAAGUGCUGAAUUGGGUUCUAAGCCAAUUGCCUGUGGUGACUUGCAAGAUGAUGGGCCUUUAUGGGAUGUUUCUGAUGAGGAGUUGGAUAGAUAUUCUGAUUUGGACCGGGAGUGGCUAAGGAGACAUGAUCAAUUUCACACUAUUGGAUAUCGUGAUGGCCUCAUAUCAGGAAAAGAAGCUUCUGCGCAAGAGGGAUUCAAUAUUGGUUUUAAACAAUCAGUGCUUGCAGGAUACAACUGGGGUGUUGCUAGAGGUGUUACAAGCGCGCUUGCCUGCCUUCCUGAUGCAUUGAAGGAGAGGCUGAUUGAAGAUCAAGAAAAAAGAAACAAAUUCCAGGGUGUUUAUGAAACAGUGCAUUCUGUUUCAACAACAGAUGCUCUUAAGUUCUUUCAUGAUGAUGUAUUGAGAAAGAAAGAAGAGGAGCAAAGUGAGCAUUCUAAGGCUAGUUCUAAUGUAUCUGGAAUGAGUAAAGAUAGCUCAGGCUGCAGUCAUCUCGAAAAUUAUGUUGGGGAGCUUCAAUCACUCCUUCUUGAGUCUCCUGCAAUCAAGUCACAUUUAUCAGUAAAGUAACUUGUGUACAGAACAUAAUAGUGUGCGCUACAUAUUGUCUCUUUAUAGAGAGGUAACAUUAUGAAAAUAAUUCUCACAAUUGUAUCACCAAUUUUGAUUUGGUCCAAUUGUAUUGCAAGUUUGUUUACUUCCAGUAAUUUAAUGCAUAUGAACUUUCUGUUGAUA